GGAGACAGAGACGGAGACACACAUCACACGCACUUGAUGAGUCGGUGAAAGUCCGACGAAAGAGUCUGGUGGCGCAGUCUGGUUUUGUUUUUGCGCAGUUGUGUAUACCGAAUACACAACACACACACACACACACACACACACACACACACACACAGAGAGAGAGAGAGAGAGAGAGAGAGAGAGGCUAUGGUGGACAGUGCUCCACCUUGUGCUGUGACGAACACACGCAGACACACAGAGACACAAACACAAACACAUCCAACCAGAACACAGAAUCGCACACACACAGCCUGUCACCGAACACUCAAUUAACACUUAACAUUUUGGGGUGGGAUUUGUCGUCGCUAAGCUCUUUUACAUGCUGGAGGGACGCUGAUUGGGGUCUGUAUAGAGAAGGUCAGACGCUGAGGCUCGGGUUGUGCAUUGCAUGGAGGCGUUCAGACGACCGCGCCACCGUGACCGAAGGAAAUGCUUCAAGACGCUUCGUAGCUGUUGAGAGAGAGAGAGAGAGAGAGAGAGAGAGAGAGAGAGAGAGAGAGAGAGAGAGAGAGAGAGAGAUUGCCCGGCAAUACGGCUGUUGGAAUGUUUCGUAGCGAACAGCAAAUGCUUCAAGAAGAUUGGAUGUUUUGGUUACUCCAUUCAUACGUGAGAGGGAGGACCUGCUCAACAAGAAUGGCACUGUUAUAAUCGAAGGGAACGCUCUUCUACAACUACCAAGACGUGACUUCCAAUCACGACUGUUUACGGGUGAAUACGGCUGAAUGAAAAUGCUCUUCUCGGCCCACUGAACCGAGACUUACAACACAGACACGCACACAGAGUAGGGGUUGGUGUGAGUAAAGACUAACCAUUGUCUCAGGGGUCUCGCUAACUCCGGCUGACGUGGUGAGUCCUUAUCCAUCGGCCGGAACAUGCAAUCUUAUGAGUAUAAAACAGACUGAGUAUAAAAGAGACUAAGUAUAGAGAAGGAAGGAACGCGGGUGGUGGUCGUGCUUCAAAGUAAAGAGCAACGAGAACACGAGGGAAGACGCACAGAGAGAGAGAGAGAGAGAGAGAGAGAGAGAGAGAGAGAGAGAGAGAGAGAGAGAGAAGGGGGGAAAAGGAAGUAAGAGAGGAGAGGCAAUCGCCGGUAGUGACAAGACGGUGCGGAGUAGUCGUCCUGUGCCAAGCUGACCUGUGCGUGGUGAGACUUGGUAGGUAACGAAGCGUGGUAGGCACACAGAGAGAGAGAGAGAGAGAGAUGAAACAGCGGACGGUUGUGUGUUGUUGAGACGUAAUAACGGAGAGGCCGGACGCAAAACGCCGAGGGGGAGGAAGAGCAGCAGCAGCAGCAGGAGGAGGAGGAGGAGGAGGAGGAGGAGGAGGAGGUGGUACGGUGAGAAAACAACGGACGGUUCUGUUUUUUCGUCUUCCUUCAAAUGGAGCGGAGGUGCAUUGACAGAACAAAGUUCCGGGAAACUUCGUCUAGAAGGUGACAGAUAAGGAGGAGGUGGAGGAGGAGGAGGAGGAGGAGGAGGAGGUGGUACGGUGAAUAAAAGAGCAACCUGCUCUACUUAAGUUAAGUGAGCGAGCCCGCGACGAAUCGAAUGGAGCGGUGGAUGGAGAGUUCAUCAUCACUUUUACACUUUCUGUUUCAUCAGUAUUGCCUCUGGUCUCGUUAAAUCGCAAAAGAGGAUACGAGGUAUUCGACACUACCAUUCCCCCCCCCCGGCUCUUACACUUUCUGUUUCAUCAGUAUCAUUACUGUGUGCAGAGCAGCACGCGGCGGUUUUUGUGUGUUUUUCUUGAGGGGAAACACGGGGCGUAUUCGACACUGCCAUCUUUGCCAUCUUCCCCCCCCCCCACCCCUUCGCCUUUUGAUUGUUUCUUUCUACGGUCUGGCAGAUUUUUGGUCUCCAUUUCGUUCGAGGAUAACAUCUGCCAUUUUAUUGCUCUUUUUUCCACUUUUGCUUUUCCAUUUCACGCGUCUCAUCCCCUUUUCCGUUUCCACUUUCACGCGUCUCAUCGUAAAGAGGAGCUGAGUUGUGAGGGGUGAAUGCGUGUGUGCUACACAGAGAGAGAGAGAGAGAGAGAGAGAGAGAGAGAGAGAGGAGGUAGCGUAUGAUACGUAUAGCUUGCAGAAGCGUACCGGUACGUCUGGGCGCGAUGGUGUCACAACAACAAGCAGUACAGGCGGGCUAUGCCGCGUCGAGACUCCCCCGAGGAGGAGGAGGAGGUGUGGCGUACCGGGAAGCAGCGGUAGCGGGCAGUCCUGGAGGCGGAGGGGGAGGCGGAGGGGGGAGCGGAAUGAAGCCAUCGGUCACGCCGUCUAGAGAUCUUCUUGAAGACCUUUGCAGGUGCCACUGUACGUCGCUUAGGAAGUAUCUUUCGCACAUCGACGACAUAUAUAACGACUUCACGACGUACAAAAUUCGUGUGCCAGUUAGUGGCGCAAUUAUCAUCAACCAAGCGUUGGACAAGUGUCUUUUGGUGAAAGGGUACAAGGCAGGUGCGAGCUGGGGUUUUCCAAAAGGGAAGAAGAGCAAAGAUGAGGAGGAUGAUCAGUGUGCAAUUCGUGAGGUCGAGGAGGAGACAGGAUUUGACAUAUCAGGCCUGCUUAUGCCAGAGGAGUACUUGGAGGUUUCUUUUGGGCAGCAAAGGACAAGGCUGUACAUUAUACCAGGGGUGGACGAAAAGACAUCGUUUGCCCCUCAGACAAAGAAGGAGAUCAGCGACGUUUCGUGGCAUCGUAUAGAUGAAUUGCCUGUGGCCAGCAAUGCCGCUGCCCCUGCGGCAAGGGGCCUGAACGGCAACAAGUACUUCAUGGUCUGGCCUUUUAUGAGUAAGUUGAGGACGUGGAUCACUAACUAUGUGAAGCAGAGGAAUGGGGUUAUGAAGCCAAAAGAUAGUUCUGAGUUUUAUGCAGGGAUGUCGGCUGCAGGAUAUGCUGUGGAGGCAUUUAAGAAACUACCACGGCGUCUGGAUCCAUUGACGCUGUCGUGCUCGAAGAAUAAGAACGGCCUUGUGCGUUGCUCUCAACCGCCGCAGCCCUCACAGGCUGUGCUGGCCUCACAGUCGGUGCCAUCACGGCAGCCUGUUCUGCAGUCGGAGCACUCGUCAGCUCCAUUGCACACCUCACCUCCUGUGCACACUUCAGCCUCUGUCCAGAGUCCGCAAACUGUCGUCGCUUCGCAACCCCUGCACUCGUCACAAACUUUCAAUUCGUUGAAGUCCAUGCACCUGUUGCAGUGUAUGCAGUCUGUUCAGACUGUGCAGUCUGCGGAAAACCUGGUACACGCCCAGGCUCUGCCUCCCGCGUUGACGGCUACUCCGUUGUCUUUGCUAACUUUGCCGACUGUCUGGCCUGUACAGCCUUUGCAGUCGUCAUCUCCUUGGCAGCCUGUGCAACCUCCUCCUGCUCUGCAGUCGCUGGUCGUGCGGAGGGUUCCGGGUCUGAGCUUUAGAAAUUUCCACUUUAACCGCGACGAGAUUCUCAAGGGGCUGGAAUGUGGGUUAUCGUGUGCAUAGGGUCAUCUUUGACUCAACUCACGACCGGCGACCACUUAUUAGAAAUUCAACUCGAAGAAGUGCCGCCUCAUGGGGAAUAUCAGUCCCAGCGAAGCGUCUCUCUGUGCAGUCCUAGAACGCUUAGAAGCUUUAGAUCAUGAUGAUGAUGAGCCGGCUUUGACAGCUCGUCGGCAACUUAGCUCAGCCGAAUGAAAUUCGGAUUUACCGAGUCAAGGCCGCAGCGAAGUCUGCUGUUAUGCGGCCCUUGUUCAGGGGUUCGAUUGCUUGAAUUAUGUCCACUGGGAAUGUGGUAGGUGUGCUUACGAUGAUGCGUUCGAUAGCCGUAAUCUCACAUUUCUCUCAUCUGGUCUUAUGUUGCCUUCUAUUCUUGUUUGCCUUCUAUUCUUCUUUGGCAUUUUUUCCACCUUUCAUAGAAAAUCAAACCAAGAUCAAGUCAGUGUAUUUAGGAUAAGUGUGUUGCUUUUCUAAAUGCCUCUAAACAGAGUUCCACAUAGUCGUCAUGGCCGGUACACGUAGGAUUCCGGGCGUCUCCAGAGUCUUCAUUUUUGGCUAGAUUCUCUAAUGAACUCGGCCUCAGUGUGCGACCUGUGGCUGACAUACACACAUACGGUGCGGUAGCUGCCUUGUCAAGAGGCAGUUGCUGGGCGAACACGAGGGGAUUAAUUCUUUCUGUCACUCCCCGCUGUAGAUGAUGUCUACAUUUUGAGUGGAGUCCUGUGAUUAGACCACGUAAGCAGGAAUCAGAUCUGGACUACGGUGCGGUAGUUGCCUCGUCUUUCAAUCACCUGUCUGGAGAGUGUCCUAGCGUUGGGUAGGGGGGAGCUUGUGGUUGUAGUUGUGCCGCAGACUGCUUGUGGCUGCUUUUCAGCCAUUAUUCGCCCAUUUCUUUUUUUUUUUGCGUGUUGCCUCCCCGCUGAGCAAUGCGAACAACAAUGGAUUAACUCUAUGGUGAACAUGCCUGUACGCAUUUGCAUUUCUUUAAGGAGGCUAUGGCCAUGCGGCCCCUUUUUGGGUUCCCGAUAGCAGUUGAUCUUUUUGUGCUUUUAACCCGUUUGUCCGUAGUUUUAGAAAACCAAUCGCCAUUCUUGAAAGCGAUCUGUGGACUGUUGUAAUCGUUCUACAGUCUUCCACCCAGCAUCGUCUUUUAGCUUGAUUGAUGUCUUCUCCGUAUGUAAUAUUGUCUUGACAGGUGAUUCCGCCCGAUCGCCAACGGAUCGGUGAAAGUGCGGUUUUGGGUAUUCACCGAUACUGCUGUGAUGUCCGGUUUGACGCUCUGUUCCUGGCUCCUCUUUGAAACAUGUCUUUCCACCCUAGGAUGAUUCUGUCUUCUUAGUGCAUAUACCGUCGUGGCACAACAUUGUCAUCAACGCUCCUUUCAUAAGGCUGCAUCUCACCUAGGCACAUUUUCGUUGGACCGUUAAGCUUGUUUGGGACUCCAAUUUUCAUGUUGACUAUGUAAACGUAGUACGUACUGUCUCGUUCCCUUUUAUUGCUACUACUAUAACACAGGGCAGCAUGGGGCCUUGCCUUGCUUUGCCUCAUAUAGCCCGCGCGAGCAGGACAAUGCAGGGUCGAUCCUGGAAUUACCAGCAUGCCACGAUUUGUGUCCGGAUCUGAACUUCGAUAUCACCCCUAUUUUCUUUGCCUUCAAUGCUUCAUGGCCGUACCGCUUUACCUUUUCCCUUUGUGGCCGUCAUUUCUGAAGUUUUCUGAUGUUGAUUGAUUCGUUCUUCCCAGAGUCCUGCGGACAGGAAACUGGUCAGAUGAGUGCAGCCUGGGUUUGGACAUGUGUAUGUCUUCUACCUCCUGAUCGAAAUCCUCCAGGCAGGUAUCUGGCAAUGCCUUUGCCUGCACACUGUUUUUCUUUCUCCGUCUCAUACGUAAAAUGGUCGAUGCGCAUGACGUUUACUCUCCGACUUUCCCUUCUGAUGUGUGUCUGCACUGAAGAGGUUCUGUUUCAAGGAUCGUCUUUGCUCUCUUAUCUAUACGCAUUGUCGAAGACUACUGUCUGAGGGCACAAGAUCUCACAAUUUCUCUACCUGUUUUGCUGCGGCCAGCAAUCAAGUAUUUAGGCCACUGCAUUCUAUGUCUUGCUGUCUGUAUUUUUUUUCCCCGCUUUUCUCCACUCCUUUUUUUCAGGGUCAUCCUAAUCUUUUCUGUAUCGUUCCAAUUUUAACGGAUGUCCCGAAGGAUGCCUUGCUGUCUGUAUUAUUUCGAGAUCUUUUCGUUUGUUCGUUGCCUUUUCUGGUGUCGAUGUUACUCGUGAAAUACACCUCGUAGAAAGCGACUAUGUAUUCGACUUUGCUUUGUUUGGUUUACCUCCCGAUCUCCUGUACGUCGUUUUGUCGGAUGACUUCAUUGUCCACGUGUUCGCACUGCUUGUUGGGCUACAACCAUCAUAGAUUCAAUUCCACUAAAACCGGACAAUCCUGGGUGGGUGGGUGGGACAUGAUUUAUUAUAUGAUUUCGAUGCAGCUGAAGGUUUUUUUGCUCAGGAUAAGAUUUUCUGUUGAUUUCGAGGCAGCUGAAGCUUUUUGCGCUGCUUUUCUGGUUACGAUAGUGUCGUUAGGCUCUAUGUGAACCGUAGGAUGCUCAGCCUAGCAGCCUGUGCCUUGUCAAUCGGCCAUAUUCUAUCGGCACUCAACGAGUGGGGUUGUUCUAGGCAUGGCAUUUCUUUCCUGUCCUUGCUGCUCUGCACAACACUGCCUGCCUAUCUUUGCCCCUCCUCCCCUUCCCCCUCAGAGACACACUAUGCAUGGUCAUGUGCAUUGGAGCACAUACAUGCAAGCGUGCCCAUCUGCACGCACAGAUACAUAGAUCAAUCUAAACAUCAGUGUGCACGCGAGCGUGCACCUCUUUACUGCUCUGUGCUUUCCUGUCAUAUGUAGAAUGCGCCAUCCUGUCCAUUCCUAAAAUUGUCGGAUUUUUCACAGUAGAAAUUACAGCAUUAUACGUCACCUUCGUGCUUCAGUGAGGGCCCGGCGUGGUUGUAGCUCCUCCUCCUCCUCUGCAGAUACUUAGCUUCUUCUCAGCUUUUGCGUCUUCUUGCGAUCUCAUUGCCGAUAUACACAAUUGUGGGUACGCAUUUGGAAUCUUCCAAGUGCUGCACAGUGUCCCUGCGGCGGCCACAUUUUGGCUUACAGGGAAAAGUGCUGCCUCAUUUUGGCUUACAUUAUAGGGAAAAGUGCCGAGUGUCUGUUUCCAAGAUCUUGGGAAUGUCUUCACCGGUAUGCCUUUUCUUUGAGGGAGAUGAUGGUGGCGCAAUGAACCAGAGGUGGUAUUUGCAAGCAGAUGGCCCAUUCAAGCAAUGUGUAGGCCCCGGGCCGUGGCAUUACGGUGAGGGCCCAAAUGUGUGUCGUCCGCGAUCAGAUCAUCUAAGGUAGGUAGAAGAGUAGUGUAUGAGAUAGGCCCAUUGAUUGUAUUAUUCCGAUGAUGUUUUGAUUUUGUUGUUUUUAUGUUUUUUUUUUUUUUUUUUUUUUUUCCAUUUCAGGCAGUUGCAGGACGCUAGGAGCCGACCAUGACUACAAUUCUGAGGGAGCUGCGCAAAGUUCCACAAACUCGUGAAACGACAGCUAGGUUUUUGUACACGAAUAAAGCCAGCAGUGUAUCUGUAGAGUCCUCCCGAUUCGGAAUACCUUUACCUCGGUGUUCAUUUCUUGGUCAAGAGCACAGGUUUGUGUGUCGCCCUUUUGCUAAAAUAGCCCCAUGAUGCGAAUCUUAGCGGUGGCACGCUUGUCUUUUUAUUCAGUUCAAACUUCAAAUAGGUAUUAUUAUUCUGCAGUCUGUAAAGAUACGAGGUUGGGGUAGUGGAAGGGGGCUUGGGAAGGGAACAGAGGGGUUAUUUAGGGGGGCGCAGGGAAGAGGGGGUGCAGGGGUAAAAGCGGGUCCCGGGGUGCGGGGGGGUUUAAGGGCAUGUCUAGAUCCUUCCUGGUAAAGCGUAAGGGGGAAAAGGGGGCGGGGGGGGGAGGGGGAGGAGUGGGAAGGCAUGUCUUCAUCCUUCCUGGGAAGGUGGUGGAAUAUGCGGGAUCUGGUAGAUACCCUGAUCAGCGUUGGGUAAUAACCCUGGAAGUUUCGAGUCUGUGUUAUGUGGUAGAAUUGAAUGCGAUUUCUGUUCUCCUUAUCCAUUUUGCCGAAAUGGAUUUAAGGACCUUGCCGGGCGAUGACACCUUGGCGAGGUAUGCCUUAGAAGCUCGAUUGCACUGCUGGACUGGCUGUGCGCAUCCCAGAAGAUGUGACGUCACGGAUUUAUGGACGCUCUUGGCUGCGAUGUUUUCUGGCACGCUCUCUUUUCUUGUCCAUGUGUGGUUAACCGUAGCUUAAUCUUUGCGUUUUUUUUCUUUUUCUUCAGACGGAUAGUUCUUUUUCUUCUGUCCUUAGUGAUUGGCAGUGCAUGCAGCAACUUUUUAUAUGCUCAUGCCGCAAAUGAUGAUGCCAUUGCACUGAUGGACCGUAGCUGAGGAGGUGCGGACGAUUACCACGGUUGCAACAUUCACGAGGGGCCCUCGAAUCGUCACGAGGUGUAUUUUGCUGGUUCCCGUUAAUCUUCUUUCCCCUUCAACAGCGUCCUCCACAUCGAUCCCGUCUCCCACGCCUCAACCGACUGUUUUCUCCAACACAGCAAUUUGUCACAAGCUGUCUGCCGCACACGGAUCGGCGCCACCAAGCAUGUGAACACAUGAGAAAGCUGAGCACUCACUGGAUGCUUCAGCUCGCAAAGCGCUACAACAGCAUAGAAGACACCAGCUCAUUCAACUCAACAUAAGUCUUCCGCUCGCCGCGGUAUUCUCAUGAACUGAAUGACAUGCUGCGAAAGUGGGGGAAGGAGGCGAGGAGUACAGAAAGCGUAAAACUGUGAGGGAGGCAAACCUCGGUAGCUGGUGGAAGAGAUGCCAGGUUUGAGCAGUCGUCAAAAGACUAUGUGCCUGGGGAAAGCGUAAAACUGCAAGGGAGGCAAGCCUGCGUAGCUGGUGGAAGAGAUGCCAGGUUCGGGAACUACGUGGCAGCAGCAGGUUUGAGCAGUCGUCUAAAGACUGUGCCUGAGGAGGGAGGCAAGCCUGGGUAACUGGUGGAAGAGAUGCCAGGUUAGGGAACUAAACGGCAGCAGCAGGUUUGAGCAGUCGUCAAAAGACUAUGUGCCUGGGGAGCUCAUGGUGGAGGGGAUGGCAGGUUCAGGAUCUAAGCAGGCUUGCGCAGGCAGUUAAUAAAAGGAGUUGUUCUUUGCCGCAGAAGGAUCAUACUAGUUCUUUGGUGUGAGGCUGCGGUCGUCGGGUAUCCAGUCUGUGCUCAGGAACAGAAACUCAACAGUAGCAGCAGGUUUGAGCAGUCAUGAAAGAGACUAUGUGCCUCGGUGUGCUGACGGUGGAGGAGCGGUCAUGAAAGAGAACAGGAUCUAGGCAGCUGCAACAGGUUUGAGCAGGCAGUUAUAAAAGGACUAUGUAGUUGUUCGUUGGUGUGAGGCUGCCGGUCGUCGGAUAUCCAGUCUGCUGCGAACACCUAUCGCUCAACACUGUCGCUUACUGAGGCGGAGUCGAUCAGCAUAGCAGGAGAUGUGAAUGCCAGCUUUCAGAGUUUUGAAGCAUUGUAUUUGGAUACUGCUGGAGGAGAACUCUUAUCUGGAAAACCUCCGAAUGGAUGGACCAAGAAUUUGAAGCUAUUUCUCAUGUCGGAGGGGAACAUGGACAUCGGUUGGGAUCUUGCAUUAGCGAAGACUGAAGCAGUGCUGAGGAGUUCACGAGGAAAACUUGGGAAAUUGUUCAGAAAAAGGUUUCUUUGACUCUGGUGCAUCUUGGUAUCUGACCCAAAGGGUUGUUGGCCUCUUUCGAUGGCCUGGGGCACAGAGGAUGGGCGAUAUUCAUUCAUAUAGUAAUACACGAAAAGAGCUGGGGCUGGCUCGUUCGAUUGCGCACGGGAAAUAGAGGUCGAGAUAUGCCCACCAGAGCGGAGGGUGAUAAGAGAGAGUGUUAUUACCCGGGCAGCGUGGACAUAUGUGUGCCAUCUUCUUCCAGACAGACGGAAUUCGUCGUGUGGGGAAAGUGGCCGGCUUACGCAGGUUGUUUGAGUGAAACACUCCAGAUCUCCUUGGAGGAAGAGACGCGGAAGGAAAGACGAGACUCCAGAUCUCCUUGGAGCAAGAGAGGGAGGGAGAGCGAGGGCGGGGGCUGAUAUUUGGUGGUGACGUGGGAUGUUGGUAUGAGGCAUAUUACUAUCUUCGCAGCUGUUUUCGUAAAGCGCAGUGCGUGGAAGCUGUAUUAGGCAGAAGCGUGGUUUGGAGAGUGGAAGACCUGCCAGCAACAGCUCUGAAAUCAGAAUUUUUAGCUUAUAAAGGAUGCAGCUACAUCUGAUGAGCUAUGCUGGGAACCAUUAUGGGAGCUGGCUGCGUCACAUUCUUGAGCGUGUAAGUAAUGGUGUGUGUGAGCAAGGCAGCAUUGGUUUAAGAGAUGGGGACAGCGACUGGGUGGUGUAAAUCCUGGUUUAUGUAUAAUCGGUAUGGCAUUUGGAAUUUCUGACGCUGGAGCAGUUGUGAGCUGUUGCCAUUCGUCGUCGGACAAGGGGGAUCCUCAUCUUAUGAAACUGGCUCUGAGGACAGGUCCUACCUCUUCUUGUCUGCGCUCGUCUCGUUCACUUGUUUUGUGCGACUCACAGACUGUGCUUAUUUCAAACAUAUCUCCUGCGUCUGUUUGUUGUUGCUCAUCGUCAUCCAUUAAACUUGUCAAGGUUCUUUCCCUUUAUGCCAAUGAUCCUUUGUACAAGCUCCUUGUUUUCUUUCUUGGGACUCUGCUUUUUUUUUUCCCUUUCUCGGGACAGUUUUCGAGAUGCGCUUCGUCCCUCACGUUCGUCUGUUCCUCUGUCACCCACCUCCUUCGGCGGUCUGCCGUUAUCAGAGAACUUGCUGGACUUUUCUUGAGGACUCCCAGCUUUUAUGUGUCGUGCAACUGGGCAGUGCCCUUGAACCGAUAGAAGAAGGGCAUCUCUGGGUUGUAGAAUUUGGGAGAGAGUAUGAGCCAUGACAAGACAGGGCCCUUGUAGGGUUUGGCAGUGGACGAGCCAGGACUAUUGCCCUGACAUGAUGAUCACCCAAGCACACCAUGCGACUUUCCGCAAAGCAUGGAGAAUAGGGUGAAAGAUUAAGGUUUAGGUGGGUAGGUGGUUUCUCUUUUUUGGGGGAGUUAUGGUGGGUUAUACAUCGUAGAAUAUAUGUGUUCUCUCGCAAGCAAAUAUAGAUGCAUGGCUAAGAGGCCCAGCCGUCUGGUGAAGGAAGGGUGGUGAUGGGGGAAACGGCAAUGGCGAGGAGGAGGAGGACGUUGGUCCAUGCGGGCAAUGUGAUGGAUUAUCCUGCCUUCUUGCUUAUUAUCGUCCCUUUUGGUGGCCGUGGCAGUGACGAAAGACUCUGAAGGAAGAGACACUCAGUAGGGACUCCCGGGUGCCGAGAUGCAGACAUGGAGAAGUUUAUGGUUUCGGUUUUAAUAAUACCCGGGGUAGGGUGUCUAUGUUGGAGUGCGGAGCAAGUGAGUGUAAUUUGGGAAUCACGGGUGGAUAUAAUUAUAUAAUUCUGGACUCAUGGUAUAUGUAAAGGCAUGAGAUAGGGAUUGAGGGCAGUAGAGGGGGGCUUAGGGAUGCAUGGACUUCAGUUGAUUGCAAACAGACGGCAAUCGAUAUGAUGGACAAACGUUUUAUAUCUGUGCUAAUGUGAACGGCCAUGAAAAGAGAGGAUUGCAGAGAGAGAGGGAGAGAGAGAGGGGUAUGGAGCGGUGGGCGGGAGGUAGGGGAAGGGUAGUAGUGAGAUUGGACUAUCUUUGUGAGGGUGAUAAAAUGUAAGGCCUUCG